CGGGUGCAAAAUGCCACAUCUGCGUCGAAAUGGACGGCGAAGAUUUCGAGUCUGCAAUUUAUAAGGCAGACUAGGGUUUUCAUCGCAAGCACUUGGCACUCUCUUUGUAAGUGCAAACCCUAGUCACAAACAGCGCAAGCCAGCUCUGAUCCAAUGGGGGCUUACAAGUAUGUCUCUGAGCUAUGGAGGAAGAAGCAAUCAGAUGUGAUGAGGUUUUUGCAGAGGGUGAGGUGCUGGGAGUACCGCCAGCAUCCUUCCAUUGUUCGUGUCACCCAUCCAACACGCCCUGACAAGGCUCGCCGCUUGGGCUACAAGGCCAAGCAGGGCUAUGUGAUUUAUCGUGUCCGUGUUAGGCGUGGUGGUAGGAAGAGGCCUGUACCCAAAGGUAUUGUCUAUGGUAAGCCCACCAACCAGGGUGUGACACAACUGAAGUUUCAGCGAAGCAAGAGGUCUGUUGCAGAGGAGCGUGCUGGUAGGAAAUUGGGAGGUCUCAGGGUUCUCAAUUCAUACUGGAUUAAUGAGGAUUCUACUUACAAGUAUUUUGAGGUCAUAUUGGUUGAUGUUGCACAUAAUGCUAUUCGUAAUGACCCAAGGAUCAACUGGCUCUGCAAUCCUGUUCACAAGCACAGAGAGCUCAGGGGCCUCACUUCCGCUGGGAAGAAGUACAGGGGUCUACGGGGAAAGGGACAUUUGCACCACAAGAAUCGUCCUUCUCGCAGGGCAACCUGGAAGAGAAACAACACUCUCUCCCUCCGCAGAUACCGUUGAGUUCAUUGUUGUGCUUGAACAUGUCUUUUUAUGUAUUUUUUUUCUGGAGGGAAAAGUAGUUAUCAUUAUGAGUUUGAAGUUUUGGAUAUUGAAAUAUUUGGACAUGCAUUAUUUAGAACCCUGACAAUCUGAGUUGAGAUGUUGAGUUUCAUGAAUUUGGCAUCGUAUAAGUGGUUUUUUAAGAGAUGGCUUAUUUUAUA